UACCUGACUGGGAUACAUACAUCAUGGCCAGCCUUCGGGUCCCACUCCUGGUGGCUCUUGUCCUUCUUGCUGUGGCGAUUCAGACCUCUGAUGCAGGUCCCUAUGGUGCCAAUGUGGAAGACAGUAUCUGCUGCCAGGACUACAUUCGUCACCCUCUGCCACCACGCAUAGUGAAGGAGUUCUUCUGGACCUCAAAAUCCUGCCGCAAGCCUGGCGUCGUUUUGAUAACCAUCAAGAACCGAGAUAUCUGUGCCGACCCCAGGCAGCUCUGGGUGAAGAAGCUACUCCGUAAGCUGGACUAGUGAGGAGGACCUGAUGACCAUGGCUCUGGUGUCUCCAGGGAGGCUCAGCAAGCCCUAUCCUUCUGCCGUUCCAGCAAGAGCCUUGCCAACAAUGCCACCUUUGCUCACCUCCAUCCCCCUGGGCUAUCACUCUGUGAGGCCUCUGGUCCCUCUACCUCCCCUCUAUCCCCGCCAGCUCAUCCUCUUCCAAUAUGGCAGCUGGGAAGCACAUUCUGGCUAGCCUUACCCAAUACCUAUUUCCCCACUGCUUUAGAUGAGACCAGGGUGCUUGUUUUGGCGCCCCAAUCCUAUGAUGCCUUCCCCGUCCCCAGCCUUGACUCCUUUUCUCCUUUACAUGUAGGGAAGACCCAUAUGUUUCAAAUAUGUGCUACCCAGUUCCACCUCCUGGGAGGUUGCUGAUACCCAGCAUGUUAUUCUUGCUGCAGACAUUCAUGCACCGAAACUCACCUCCCAAGCUCCCCUCAAUCCCAGUGGGCACCCACCAAGCCCCAUACUUCAGACUUCCUCGGCCUCCACCUACUUUCAGUAGAAUUCUGGGAGUUUCAGGCUGGCCCACUAGGCCCCUAGGGUUAGACCAAGGUCCCCACCAGAGCUCCUUCUGUUUCUUGGUCUCCAGCAUGAGGCAGAGAGCACAGGAGCAGGCUCAGAAUCAGAUUUCUGAAAGGAGCUGCAGGCUCCAUCAGUAAAAGGAAUCUUUCCCCAAUCCUGUAUAUAAGGCAAUUUUCUGCCAGCACAGAAACCCAGGUUGUUAGAAAAGGGUUAUGUAGGUCAACUGUGAAACCCUAAAUUUACCAAGAAUCAACUUCCAUCCCUCUUCAACCAUAUGUUAGGUCUUCUACUUUCUCUGCCCUACCUGACCUCUUACUCCUUGCCUGUGUAACUGAUAGUCAAAAGUCAUGCCAUGGCGUCAAUGACUGCCAUAGCUUGGUAUUAUAAGCUAUAGUUAUAUUUAUAUAGAAAAGAGGAUAAAUAUAUGGAAGGCCAAAGAGACUAACUGGAGAGUUUUAGGACCUGGGGACAGGGAGGACCAUACAAAGUGUUUCCUCAGAAAACAGCUGGUUGUGGGAGCUGCAGCCAGAGGCAUAGUUAAGUUAAAGAACUUAGUUAUUCUUGAAUGGCUGAGGCCAAGACAAGAAUUUAGAACUCAUUCUUGCUUCCCUGGAGACAACAGUGUCCCAGGGGAGGGAAUAAACCUUCUCGAUCCUCUGGAGAGAACGUGGCCUGGCUUAGCCGAGAGACUGGAUUGUGUGAGCCUGAGGGCAUAGCUUUUCCUCUCUGAGCCACAGCUGACAGAAUAUGGGACCACAAAGGGCUUAAUCCAAACCACAGGGGUUGACAGUGCCAGCCACAGCUGUCUCCAGGGCUCAUGUCCUUCCAGAAGGAGCAUCUGAACAACCAGGGCCACCAUUAGUGCUGCCCACCGCCCAUUAAUGUCCUGAGGUUCCCCUCCUCUCCUACUUCUGGGAAAAUAAAUACCAAUACCUGA